UUCUUCUGUUGUGUUGUGAAUUUAUCGCAACGUUCAGGCCAAAGUCCACUUUCUGGGUCAAACACAAGCAACGUGGACAUUAUUACAAUCAGAGACUUCACUAAGACGAAGACACUGAGGACAAUGGACACAACAUCUUCCCUCAUCAGAUCUGUGACCAAGCGAGUGUGGUCGCCGCCACAGCGGCCCUUCAGGGUGUGCUGUCACACGAGGGAGACCAGGAAGGGCGUCACGGCCGGGACCCUGGCAGAGCUCAAAGACAGGGUGUGCCAGGCCUUGCUGCUGUCUCUCUCUGCAGUGUCUCUGUCUCUGGUCUGUGAGGAGGACGGGACAGAAGUGGACUCAGAAGAGUUCCUGAUGACGCUGUCGGACAACACGACGCUGAUGGCUCUGGAGCCUGGACAGACAUGGAGACCACAGCAGGACGCCGUUGUGCCAAAAUCCCAAAACGACAACCGGCCUCGGACAGGACGAGACAUAGCCCGUGUGACCUUUGACCUUUACAGGUUGAACCCCAUGGAUGUGUUUGGCUCCCUGAGUGUAAAAGCCACCUUCCAAGGCCUGUACUCUGUGAGCGCCGACUUCCAGUGUCUGGGGCCAAAGAAGAUCCUCAGAGAAGCCCUGCGUGUUGCCUCCACCCUCCUCCAGGCUGCUGGACACCUGCUGAUCGCCUCCGCCAGCAUGAUCCGCCACAUCAUCGAGGGCACUGAGUUCUGGCAGCCACAGAGGGCCGAGUACACGGCCACCUGGAAGUGACAUCACAAAGGGAAACCUUCAGGAUGACUCCUUCAUCACCGA